AUGUACUAUAAUAGCAAUGGCGUCCCACAAGACUACUCAAAGGCCUUUGACUGGUAUCUUAAAGCCGCCAAUCAAGGAAAUGUUGGUGCUCAGCACUAUGUAGGCCUCUUACAUUAUAAUGGCAAUGGGGUUCCACAAAAUUACACAAAAGCUUUUGACUGGUAUCUCAAGGCUGCCGACCAAAGGUAUGCUGAGGCCCAGAACUACCUGGGUUUCAUGUACCAACAUGGUGAAGGCGUCACACAAGACUAUUCAAAAGCCAUCGAGUGGUAUGCCAAGGCUGCUGGUCAAGGACAUGCCGCUGCUCAGUACAAUCUAGGCGUGGUGUACGAGGGCACGGGAGCUCAACAAGACUACUCCAAAGCCAUCGAGUGGUAUCUCAAGGCUGCCAAUGAGGGGCAUACUAGCGCUCAGGCCAAUCUAGGCAGGAUGUAUGGUAAUGGCAAUGGUGUCUCACAAGACUACACAAAAGCCUUGGAGUGGCAUCUCAAGGCUGCCAACAAAGGAAGAGCUAUUGCCCAAUGUAAUCUAGGCAACCUGUACUAUAGUGGUAAUGGGGUCUCACAAGACUAUGCAAAGGCCUUUGAGUGGUACCUCAAGGCAGCCAACCAAGGAGAAGUCGCUGCUCAAUCCAAUAUAGGCCUCAUGUACCAAAAUGGCAGUGGAGUUGCACAAGACCACACAAAGGCCUUUGAUUGGUAUCUCAAGGCUGCCAACAGAGGAAGUGCUGCUGCUCAACGCAAGGUUGCCUCGAUGUAUCGAGACGGCAAAGGAGUCUCUAAGAGCCUUGUAGAAGCAAUAAAGUGGUACCAAAAAGCCGCUGACCAAGGUGAUGUUGAUGCCCAGGGAAUAUUAGACAAGCUCUAG